AUGUCCUGUUUGAAUCAGUUAGAGGUUGAAAAGUGUAAAAAAUGCAAUGUACUUCAUCAGGCAAAUGAAGAAUUGUAGAAUAAUUUGGAUUCCGCUAGGGAAUAAAUAUAAGUCUUAAAGGAAGAGUAUGAAUCUUAAAUAAGCAAAUGCAAUUAGGAGUUUAAAGCCAAAAUAUUAGAGUUUAAUAGUGAAUUAAUUAAGUAGAAAGAAAAUUUUAAUAGUUAGAUGUUUUAGCUGAAGGAGAAAUAUGAAAAGACUAUAAUAAAUAGAGAAGGUACAUAGUAUACAAUUAAUCUAUAGAAUUAGCAACUGUAAAGAAGAUAAGAAUAUAUUGAAAAAUUGCGUGUGAUACUUUAGAAAAAAGAAAACUAGUUGUUAAGUUAAAAGGAUCAAUAUUUAAUUAAUCUUUCGAAUUUAAAAAAUAGUUCAGAUUAAUUGAACAUUGAUAAAAUCGAUAAAGAAUUUAAGUAGGAAUUGCUUAAUCUCAAAAAUGAAUACAAAGAGUCGUUAACAAGGCAUGAGACUGACAAGCAAAUAGAAAUGAAUAUAAUUAAGGAUGAGCUCAAAGAUGCUAUAAUAGAGCGAGAUUAUUAUAUAAAAAAGUUUAGAGAUAGAUUGAAUGAAAAAGAAGAAUAUAAUAAAAGUGUUUAUGAAUCAUAAUGCAAUUAAAUAUCCAGCAUGAUUAGCAUAUUAAAUUAAUAGCAUUAAGUUUAAAUUAAAUUCUAUCUAGCUCACAUUAACGAACUUGAAAAUUAAGUUAUAUAAGCUAAAAAGAAUAUCAGUAAAUCAGCUUUAUAAGAUUUAGUACUUCAAAAUGGAUCCUCAAUUUUUUGGUAAGAAGGUUUAGAGUUAUAUAAGCAACACAAAAUUUAAGAAAUACAAAAGAUCCUCUUAGAUAUGAAGGAAAAGUAGCUAAGACAUUCCCAAUACUUGACAAAAAGAUUUUACUCAAUUGUUAAAACAGCUUUAGUUAUUGAUAAAUAUGAGAAAAAAUUUGAAUUUAUGAAGUAAUUAAUUGAAAAAUAGCCUAAUUAAAGUAUUAAAGAAGAGUUUAAUCAUUUGCAAUAAGAUUAAAGUAUUUAUUUGAAAAAUAACUCAUUGUAAGUAAAAUCUUUCCUACGAAAAUAGGCAAAUGAUAACUCUCUAAAGCAGCUCUAUUAAAGCUUGAAUAAUUUAGAUAUCAUUUAACAAAAAAACGAAUAAAUAGUAAGUGAAAAAAUAAUCUAAAUAUUUAAGCUAGAAUAGAUAAAUUAGGAAUACGUUUAACAGAUUCAGAAACUGAAAACUAAAAUAUAAAACCAAGAUAAUGAAAGGGUUGAAUUGUUAAAUGAAAUAGAAUAAAAAUAAAAGAGAAUUAUUGAACUGUAAAAUAUCAUUUAAAAUGAAAAUAAAUAGUUCACACUAAUGUUGCAGCUUAAGAAGGUUGAAUUAUAAGAAUUAAUUAAAAUGAAUAAUCAACAAGUAGCAUUAAAAGAUAGGGAUAUAGUAAAAUUGUGCAAUGAUUUAGAGUAAUUGCAGGCUAUGCUAAAAGAGAGACCGUCAAGAAAUGAAGAUCUUAAAGAAAUCAUAACUUUAAAGAGUUAGCUUGAAAUUCAGACACAACGGUUUAAUCAACUGAAAUUGUAUAUACAGAGCAAGGUAGGUGAUGAAAAUUUUAAAUUCUCUAUGAAUGGAGAAAAAAUGAUUGUUGAUGAUACAAAAUCGAAAGUUUUUAAAAAAUUAAAUUCAAAUCAAAGCACCUUAGAAAACUCAUACAAUUCAACAAACAGCAGACAGAAGGAAAACAGUUUUAAAAACAUUCAAGCUUAGAAAGAAGACAAUUCCCCUAAAAGAAAUAAUUAAAUAUAUUUGUUUCACAAUUAAGAUAACUCAGAUUUAUCCUCAAUAUUGUAACACUAAAAACUAUACACGAGAUCAACAACUCCUUAAAAUGUGAAAAUUCAAAGUUCAUCAAGAGUUGAAACAGAACCUAGUGUGUAAUAUAAUAAUACAUUCAAUACUAUCCAAUAAGAUUCUAACUUAUUGCCUAAAAAGCAAUUAAAAUUAUAAAAUUAAAAAGUCUAUUAAACAAUCUAAGAUAGUAUGAUAUAGACUGAUUAUUAAAGACCUAAAAGUUAAUUAAAUGUCAAUUAACAAGAUUAAAUUGGGAUUAAUUACAUGCAAGGAUUUAAAAAAGAAAUUUAGAAAACACAUUAUGAGCAAGUACAAAUUAAUAGUGAUAUUUUUAUGAAUAAAAAAUUCACCUAAAUAAAAAGAUCAUAAACUCCAUAAAUAGUGAGAAAUAGAGUGUAAAAUAGAUAAAACGAAAAUGAAAGUAUAAAAAAUCAAUUUCUAAAUAGUGAUAAUAGUAAUGAUUAACAGUAUAAUAAUCAAGAUGUUACUCUUUAGCAUAUAAAUUAGUAUUUAAAUAAUUAUACUCCAUUUGUUUUUAAAGUAAAGAAACACUAUAGUCGAUCUCAAACCCCAUAAAAUAUUAUCAGAAAAGAAUGA